AAUUUCGUUGUCUAAAAUUCAGUUCAAUUCUAACGCGACUCGAAGCCGGUUUUUGCGACAGUUUUCGUGGAAUCUUUGCUUAUUUGUAUACACAAUGCGUUUCGCUCUGUUUGCUUUUCUAGCCCUGUGCCUUUUGGCCUUUGUUCUGGCUGUGCCAGCCAAGGACACGAAGAAGCAGGCCAACAGCUGCCAGCGAUCCUGCGGAGAUGACUACGAGCCGGUCUGUGCCAAGUCGAAGAACAGCAGCAAGGAACGUCUGCUCACCUUUGGCAGCCCCUGUGUGAUGUCCAACUAUAAUUGCCAGCAUGCCGAUGAUCCCUUUGAGAUGAAAUCAAAGGGCGAGUGCGGCGGUGGAGUGAGCGUGCGCCUCUCAUAAGAGCCAAAUCCCACCCCAGUGGACAACCGAUUUGUAUUGACCUAUAAAUUUCAAUAGGUGCAAUAAAUUAUAUUCAUAUGUUUGUAUUCCAACGGGAACAGUUUA